CGCGCCCCUCCCCCAGCCCCCGGCCCCUCCGCCCCGCGGGGAGCGGACGCGCGCGCGGCUGCUCGGUGCCGGUUCUCUCACUGUCUUGCAUAUGAGAAAACUGAGGCUCGGAGUGGUGAAGUUAGGUGCCUAAGGCCACGUGGGAUGGUCCGUGGAGCCGGACCCAGGAUGCUCCCGGGGUGUGGAUGACCAGCCGCCCAACCCCGCACGGCCCAGGCCCGGAUGCCGCGCCCUUGUCGCCUGACCCGGGGACCCCGCCCGUCGCGGGACUGAGCUUCCCGAAGACGCCGAGCGAGCGGCGACGGCACAGGGACCCGGGGGAAGGGGCUCGGCGCCGGCGGGAAACAUUUUACCCCAGCGGCUCGGCAAGAUGACCAGCCUGUUCCGCCGGAGCAGCGGCGGCGGCGGCGGCGGCGGCGGCGGCGGGGGCGGCUCGGCGGCGGCGGCGCGCGGGGCUGGGGGCAGCGCGGCCGCCUCGCAGGAGCUCAACAACAGCCGGCCCGCCCGCCAGGUGCGCCGCCUCGAGUUCAACCAGGCCAUGGACGACUUCAAGACCAUGUUCCCCAACAUGGAUUACGACAUCAUCGAGUGCGUGCUGCGUGCCAACAGCGGCGCCGUGGACGCCACCAUCGACCAGCUGCUGCAGAUGAACCUGGAGGCGGGUGGCGGCAGCGUCUACGAGGACAGCUCGGACUCGGAGGACAGCAUCCCCCCGGAGAUUUUGGAGAGGACCUUGGAACCUGAUAGCUCUGAUGAGGAGCCCCCGCCUGUGUACUCCCCUCCAGCCUACCACAUGCACAUGUUCGACAGGCCUUACCCUCUGGCUCCCCCGACUCCACCUCCCCGCAUCGACGUGCUGGGCUCCGCGCCCCCUUCCGGCCAGAGGCGCUAUCGGAACUGGAACCCCCCACUGCUAGGCAACCUCCCUGAAGACUUUCUCCGCAUCCUGCCCCAGCAGCUGGACAGCAUACAGGCUAACUCCGGGGGCUCCAAGCCUGCGAGCACAGAGGGAGGCCGGCCCCUCACGGCCGGGCCCGGACCCCGGGACCAGGAGAACCGCUGGAAGCAAUACCUGGAGGACGAGAGGAUCGCGCUCUUCCUGCAGAACGAGGAGUUCAUGAAGGAGCUGCAGCGCAACCGCGAUUUCCUCCUCGCCCUGGAGAGAGAUCGACUGAAAUACGAGUCCCAGAAAUCUACAUCCAGCAGCGUAGCUGUGGGAAAUGACUUUGACUUUCCCGCUCCUGUCCCAGGAACCAGCGACAACAACCCCGCUGUGUCUGAAGAUGCCUUAUUCAGGGACAAGUUGAAACACAUGGGAAAAUCCACCCGGAGGAAGCUGUUUGAACUGGCCAGGGCCUUCUCGGAGAAGACCAAGAUGAGGAAGUCAAAGAGGAAACACUUGUUGAAGCAUCAGUCACUGGGGGCUGCGGCAUCAACAGCCAAUCUCCUGGAUGACGUGGAGGGCCACACUUGUGACGAAGACUUCCGGGGAAGGCGACAGGAGGUGCCCAAGGUGGAGGAAGCACUAAGGGAAGGACAGUAAGAGAUGCAGCAGUUUCUCCUCGCCGGAGACCAUCUGACCCGGUAGAGGCAGCCAGAGAGCAAACCGGCCCUCCGCUGAAGAGCCCAGCUGCAGCCGGAUGGAUGGUGCUUGAGUUCUGAGGCCCAGUGGUUCUCCGGCCACAGUCCAGCCCAGCCACUGCCACUGCCACUUCCCAAGGGACUUAGAACUUCGGAGUUGCAUGCUGUCAUUGGAGGAAGGGCCUGAGGGUGGAGGCAACAGCCAACCACAGUCCCUUUUGUAGCCAGGCUGUUCUAUGGGGAACGAGUGGAAAUGUAGGAUCUAACCCCUCUUCUUAAAAAAAAAAAAAACCACCCAGAAAACUGUCAAACGUUGGAGUACCCAAAAGGGGAGGGUGAUCCUACCAGAGGCUCGUUGGCCUGAAGGUGGAGCCCCUGCCCCCGUCUUGCCCUGGUCUCUCCUGUUGGGCCACAGACACUGCCUGAUCCCCUACCCCAUCCCCAGCUCCCUUCGGGCACCUAGGGUCCUUUAUUCCCAUGGCCUUCUGCAUCUCAGUCUUUCCCCAGGGGUGCUGGUCCUUGGCACACCCCUGCACGGAGCUCUGGGUGAGAGAGCCCUGGGCAGUCACUCGGGCCCGCUCUGAGGAGUGAUGGGCCACGGCAGAGAGGUAUCUGCUGAGUACCCUGCCUGGGCCCCUCGGGCUGCCUCUGUUAGGGGCUGGCAAGGGCCCCCAGCAGGGAUGGGGAGGCUGGCCACCCCAGAGCUGGCGGAUUCUAGCUAGGCAGGGGUAGUCUUUACUCUGACAGAAGACAAAAGUCAGUUCUGGAUGGGAUCCUGUAGUUCCACGACACUGGGGGCUCCAGGGGCUCUGACUCCCCAGUUGGCCUAGAAGUUCUGCUGUCAUUAAGGGUGGGCAGCGGCCAGUUCUUUAGUAACCCUGAGCAGGUGCAGGGCUGAGGGACAAGAAGGAGAGGCUGCCAGCCGGGCCAGAGCCCCUGGGGCAGAAGGGCUUGCUGGGUGCCCCUUGCCAAGAGUGAGAAGGCAAAUGGCCAGGAGGAAAACAAGGGUCCUACGAACCUGACCCGGCACCAACCACUGCCAACGGGAGGGAGGGAGGAAGGGAGGGGCAGCCCGGCUUCUGUGGCCCAGCUGGAGAUGGGAAGGCGCUGACCUCGGGAGAACCGGGGAGCCUGGGCAGGCACGAGGCUAGGGCCCGAGCGGGGAGCCAGCCCAGCGGCACAGCGGUGGGGCGUUGGGAGCAGGCGCCAAGCCUGGCGGGCCACCUCGAGAUAAUGAGGGGGUGGCGGGCUCCCCGCGGUGCCGGAGGGGGACCCUGGCCCGGCUCAGCAUCCCGAGCGAGUGCGGAAGUGCUGCCGCCCUCCCAUCCCCACCGCCCCCCCCCAAGGGCCCCUGAUGACCGGGCACAGAAGAGGGGGAGCGCCAGUCGCCCCCCCCACCCACCCCCCGUCCGUGUGUGUGGCUUUGUCAGUUUUCUUGUUUUUGUUUUUUCUCCUACGUGUGGGUUUUUUCUUGGAGCAGUUUCAUAGGAAUUCGUGUAAUAAAGACUUGGUGUUCUCUUGGU